AUGACAAGUAGUGAGCAGGCUGAGGCUGCAACAGUGACAGCAAUGAUAGAAGUGGCAUCCAUACCAGAGACAGAUCAUGAAACCUACAGCCCCCGAUUCCUUAUAGAGGGUCCUAGAAUGCUCUUGCUAGAUCCAGGAGACCCUGAGACUCUGAAAACAGAACAGAAGUUCCUGGAGAGCAUUCGGGCUGUGCUGGGCUCAGUAUCCAGAGGUUAUAGUGUGUCUGUGCUGAUUAGGGGCAGAGAAGCCAAGCAGCCAGAUCUGGUUCCUCAGCUCCUGGCAAUGCUGUUUGAGGAGAUUCAACCUGCAGAAUCUGCCUUUCAACCCUCCCUCAGGACCCUAAGUCUAGUGCAGCUCAGUUCUAGUGGGAAGGGUCAAGACUUAUUAUCUGGAGCAGGGGACCUGAGCUUGCUGGAGGUGUACCCACUGGGUCUGGUAGUGGAAGGAGCUAGUGAAGCAGAGGUCCUUGACUCCAAAUCUGGCUGCCAACUUUACCUCAAGGCAAUGGAGGGCUUGGACAGGGCCUGCUCCCUUCUUACUGUGACAUUUUCCUGCCUGGAGCCCAGCACCAUCAAGAGGCCCUGGGUCAGAAGCCUGUGUCGAGGCUCACUGAGAGUCCUGCAGCUCCCAGAAGCUCCGGACUGCCCUUUAUUGCUAGCACUGGCAGGGAAAACCUCCAAGGCCCAUGUGGGCUCAUUGCUUUGGACUGUGACUCAGUUACUCUUCGGGAAUAGUUACAGUAGCCUGCUGCUCUACUUGGAUCCCCGAGUCACCCCUUUGGGGCUGCUCCUGGCCUCACUAUCAGGGGCUAAAAGAGCCCAGGACCCAGCUCAGUCAAAGCAGGUUUCUCCCAUACUGUGGGAUGCUUCAGAAGAAAUUCAGGCUCGGCGUGCAGCUGUUCAGGCCCUGCGCUCUGGGCUUUCUGGAGCCACUCUGCAGGAGAGUCAGCUUACCCAGCUAAGCCUGGUGCUCAGGGAAUUGAAGGUAUUGAAAAACCAAAGCCGGUACUGUGAGACUAUGAUGCUCAAGGGACCUGGAGCCUCUGCACCUGGGCUUCCAAACAUGCAGCCCCCUGACGUAGCACUGCAGUUUAUGUUAGCACGGGCCCAUAGGCAGCUGCUCCAGGAGCAUCACCGAUCCCAGGUCCAAGAGGAACUGAGCUGCUUGAGGCAAGACAAGAAAAUAGCAACAGAUCAGGUUACAAAUACCGAUGUUCAUUAGGCCCCAGACCUAUCUGCUGAGAAUCUGAGCUGGAGGCAGGAUCAUGAAGCACUGGCCUUACAAGUGGAGGCUCUGAGAUUGGAGCGAGAUGCAGCUGAACAGGACCUAGAGGCCCUGUACAAGCUGUAUGUCCAAGGAGCCCGGACACAGACUUGCCACAUCUUGCAGGUGUUCCAGGCUUGUCAGGGGCUGUGGAAGGAGCGGGCUACUGCCAGAGAGUUACAUCAUCGAAUCCUGUUGGCUGGAGUCUUACAGGAUGCCAUCUCUCUGGCCACACAGAACCAACAGCUCCAAGUCCAGAAUGAGCAGCUCAAGAAGGGUGAGGAUUAUGAGAAGGAGAAGUGUAGGAAAGAAGUGGGGUUCAAAUGA